GGAGGAAAAAGGUAAGUGGGGUCCCCUUAUUAGAGUUGCUAAAGUUCAGCAGAGACGACCGACGAUAUGAAUAAUUUCAAACCACCCUAUCUUGAAAUCAUAGUUCCUUAUCUUUUCUUGAACAAAUUCGACGUCUCAAUUUCUCUGCUCAAUACAGUUCCGGACCGAGGGCAAUGGCAAUCACUCUCAGCCUUCUCAGGCUCCCUAUUCUUACCCAGAAGCCGCUGCACUCCCACUCAAAACUGCCAAUUCCAUCCAACCCAACAAAAUCGUGCAUCUCCAAAGACUCGGCAAGCAACCCACAGCCACUCUUCCAUGCUCUUAAAUCGGCUUCUCUUCCCCUCACAGCACUCGCAAUACCAUUCAUUCUAGACCCAAAGGAUGCACUUGCUGUUGGUGGGGAGUUUGGAAUAUUAGAGGGAAGGUCUUUUGCACUCAUUCACCCCAUUGUGAUGGGUGGUUUGUUCUUCUACACUUUGUGGGCUGGGUAUUUGGGUUGGCAAUGGCGGCGAGUCCGGACGAUACAAACUGAGAUUAACGAGCUCAAGAAGCAGGUGAAGCCUACCCCGGUUACUCCAGAAGGGACAGCAGUGGAAGCGGCACCUUCUCCGGUUGACCUCAAAAUUCAACAACUCACUGAGGAGAGGAAGGAAUUGCUGAAAGGGUCUUUCAAGGAUAGGCACUACAAUGCAGGGUCGAUACUGUUAGGAUUUGGAGUGUUCGAGUCUAUUUUUGGGGGAGUAAACACAUGGUUUAGGACAGGAAAGCUAUUUCCAGGGCCCCAUUUGUUUUCUGGUGCAGCCAUUACAGUGCUAUGGGCAGCUGCUGCGGCUCUUGUACCUGCAAUGCAGAAAGGGAAUGAGACCGCUAGAAAUCUUCACAUUGCAUUCAAUGUGUUGAAUGUUCUCCUCUUUGUGACCCAGAUCCCCACUGGAAUUGACAUUGUCUUCAAAGUUUUUGAAUUUACUACAUGGCCCUGAAUUGACAGGUAUUCCUAGUGAUCUCUCUUGUUUUUGGGCCGCACAACAUAUAUCUUAGAUUCUAGCGUAAAGAAUUUCUAUGUGGCUGUAUCAGGUUCACCUAAUUAAGGUGAAAACCUUCUAGUAUAUGUUCAUUACAUGAAAAAACCACAUUGACCUUUAGGGAUAAGCCACAUUAAGGCGUGCUUGACUGUGCGAUGGUUUUACUGAAUAUUGUAAUCAUAUUAUGCCUUACAAAAUCACUGUAAACUACCACUCCCCAUUUUGUUAUGUGGUAUAUACUUGUCCUCUGCAUGUUUGGGAUGGCUGGAAAACUGUCCAAGGAAACUCUCUGGACCAAUUGUAUAAAUGGAAGCAAUCUAUUUAGGGUCUUUAUGUCAUCUUUAAACUCAUAAA